UCAGCAGCUCCAUCCCUGAAAGCCAUUCACUAGAUACGGCAUAAUUAGAACAAGAGUAGACUUUCUAAGUUUGUAACCAGCAGCAAGCAGGCUUCAAGCUUCAUCCCUUUGUAAGAUAUGGAGAGAAAUGAUAUCGAUAUGGACAAGUCAGAUGAGAUCCUCAUGCCCGGUUUCCGGUUUCAUCCGACCGAUGAAGAACUUGUUAGUUUCUACCUCAAGAGGAAGAUCCAGCAAAAGCAUAUCUCCAUUGAGCUCAUCAGGCCGCUGGACAUCUACAAGUAUGAUCCAUGGGAUCUCCCAAAGCUUGCGAGCACCGGUGAGAAAGAGUGGUACUUCUACUGCCCAAGGGACCGGAAAUACCGCAACAGCGUGAGACCGAACAGAGUCACAGCAGCUGGAUUCUGGAAGGCCACAGGGACAGACAGGCCAAUCUACUCCACUGAGGGCACCAAGUGCAUAGGCCUGAAGAAGUCUCUUGUCUUCUACAAAGGAAGAGCAGCAAGAGGGAUGAAAACUGACUGGAUGAUGCAUGAGUUCAGGCUCCCUUCGCUCACCGACCCCUCGAUUCCCAAGCUACCGAUCGACAAGACCAUUCCACUCAACGACUCAUGGACUAUCUGUAGGAUCUUCAAGAAGACCAGUUCCAUGGCGCAGAGGGCGUUGUCGCACACCUGGGGGCCUCCAUUCCCUGGGGCAACUGAGGCAGAGAUGUUCUCUGCGUUGCAGUCAGUACAAGCUUCAGACUUUGCUCUGGAGAGCUCCUCUUGCUCACUGCAAGUUGCACCACCUGCAACUGCAAGUCAGUUCACCAGCAGACAUGGCUUGCAAAGUCAGCAGCAGCAGCAGAAGGUGAACAACCCAUCUCUAGAGGGCUCUUCAUGCAAGCUCAUAAACUUCACCUGCAGCCCAUCUCUGGAACCCCAGAACUGCCCAAUCAUCUACCCUUUCGAAGCGCAAACAUCGCAGAAGACCGCAGGCGCCGUACCGCUUUUUUUCAGCGCGCAGCCUGAUCAUCAGCUCAGUGGAUUCGUAGUCGAUUCUUCUGCAGAUGUCAAUGGAGGCAUCGGUACCACAGGAAAGCCUGGUAACAGCUUCGGCAUGAACAACAGUGAGUGGGAAGCUGUGGGGAGGAUCAACUUCCCUUUCGAUCUCGGUACGGAUUCUUCGGAGGAGUGGAGGUGCAACAUACUUUGGGAGUCCUUCCUGAGCCCAGCUGCUGUCCAGACUGAGCUGCCACGUUAGACCAUCCUCAGCCAUUUCUCUUUCAUUUC